AUGGAGUCGUGGAAGAUUAGCAUCUUUAAGAGACAACCAUCACCGUGUCCUCCAAGCUAUCGAAGAUCUUUUUCAGAACCUGCUUAUGCACACUCAGAGAUAGGAACAAGCUUAAAGAGUUAUACAUGGCGUGGUCCAGUGAAAAGCAAGAGGAAGAAAAAUGAACAGGCUGUUUCCAGUCUAGGAAAGCCACUGGGUGCUUAUCGGUGGCAAACACACCCCAGCUUAAGGUUGAAAGGGGGCAAAAGGGAGCAAUUGGAAAAUAAUAAAGGAGACUUGGAUGAACCACAACAACAAGCGGUCCUGCCAAAGAUGGUUGGGGAUAAUAUUUCUUCCUCUGGCAACGAAGUCCUUGGAACAUCAAUGGAGAAGCAGAACCUGGUAAACACUCGGUCACUUCGGGUUCCAUUCAGCAGAUCUCUUUCAGAGCCAGAACCCCGCUCCAGUGUCAGAUUUGUUAGACGGUGGCCGACUUCAGUGGGGUCAGUGGAGUCUGAGCAGCAGGGAUAUUUCAUCCGUGGCAUUUUCUCUACUCUUUCCAAUGGCUUCUCCAGGAUGCUGAGUCUAAAAGGAGAGUCAACCAAUGAGCCAGUAAGAGAAGAUGUGAAAGGGCCACCUACCCACCGUCUGUCUUGUGGCCAGUCACCCUACACCGACACGACAACAUGGGAGCGGAAGUACUGCAUCCUCACAGACAGCCAGCUGGUGUUGCUCAACAAGGAGAAGGAGAUGCCUGUGGAGGGAGGACAAGAGCAGCAGACGGAUUCCACCAAAGGGCGAUGCCUGCGGAGAACCGUCAGUGUUCCUUCCGAGGGUCAGUUUCCUGAAUACCCACCAGAGGGCGCCGCUAAACUGGAGGUGCCAGCAGAAAGGUCCCCACGCAGACGGAGUAUCUCAGGGACCACUACAUCUGAGAAACCCAACUCUAUGGAUACUGCGAAUACCUCACCCUUCAAAGUACCAGGGUUCUUCAGCAAGCGCCUGAAAGGCUCCAUCAAGAGGACCAAAAGCCAGUCAAAGCUUGACCGAAACACGAGCUUCCGGCUUCCCUCUCUGCGCAAUACCGAUGACAGGUCUCGUGGGCUGCCUAAACUAAAAGAGUCCCGUUCUCAUGAAUCUUUGCUGAGCCCAUGCAGUGCUGUGGAAUGUCUGGAUCUCGGUAGAGGGGAGCCUGUAUCGGUAAAGCCACUCCAUAGCAGCAUCCUUGGACAAGACUUCUGCUUUGAGGUUACCUACUUAAGUGGAAGUAAAUGCUUCAGUUGUAACUCUGCUUCAGAGAGAGAUAAGUGGAUGGAAAACCUCCGCAGGACAGUUCAACCAAAUAAGGACAAUUGUAGACGGGCCGAAAAUGUUCUCCGUUUAUGGAUUAUUGAAGCCAAGGACCUUGCCCCCAAGAAGAAAUACUUCUGUGAGCUGUGCCUUGAUGAUACCCUCUUUGCUCGUACAACCAGCAAGACCAAAGCAGACAAUAUUUUCUGGGGUGAACACUUUGAGUUCUACAGCCUUCCACCUCUUCAUAGCAUCACAGUCCACAUUUAUAAAGAUGUGGAAAAAAAGAAGAAAAAAGACAAGAAUAAUUAUGUAGGGCUAGUCAACAUCCCCACUGCCAGUGUGACUGGUCGCCAGUUUGUAGAAAAGUGGUACCCAGUGAGUACACCUACACCCAACAAAGGAAAGACAGGAGGACCUUCUAUUCGGAUUAAAUCACGUUUCCAAACCAUCACCAUUCUGCCUAUGGAGCAAUACAAAGAGUUUGCAGAAUUUGUCACCAGCAACUACACCAUGUUAUGUUCUGUUCUUGAACCAGUAAUCAGUGUGAGAAAUAAAGAAGAACUAGCCUGUGCCUUGGUGCACAUUCUUCAAAGCACUGGAAGAGCCAAGGAUUUUCUGACGGACUUGGUGAUGUCUGAGGUGGAUCGUUGUGGAGAACAUGAUGUUUUGAUCUUCAGAGAGAACACCAUUGCCACCAAAUCCAUUGAGGAAUACCUCAAGUUGGUGGGACAACAGUAUCUUCACGAUGCACUGGGGGAGUUCAUCAAAGCUUUGUAUGAGUCAGAUGAAAACUGUGAAGUGGAUCCCAGCAAAUGUUCAUCCAGUGAACUUCUGGACCAUCAGAGCAACCUGAAAAUGUGCUGUGAGCUGGCUUUCUGCAAGAUCAUCAACUCUUACUGUGUUUUUCCUCGUGAGCUGAAAGAAGUGUUUGCAUCCUGGAAGCAGCAGUGCCUGAACCGUGGCAAGCAGGACAUCAGCGAGCGGCUCAUCAGCGCCUCGUUGUUUCUCCGCUUUCUGUGCCCGGCCAUCAUGUCUCCCAGUCUCUUCAGCCUCAUGCAGGAGUAUCCUGAUGACCGCACAUCUCGGACUCUGACUCUCAUUGCCAAGGUCAUCCAGAACCUGGCCAACUUUGCCAAAUUUGGUAACAAAGAGGAAUACAUGGCAUUCAUGAAUGAUUUUUUAGAGCAUGAAUGGGGCGGAAUGAAGCGCUUUCUUUUGGAGAUCUCUAAUCCAGACACCAUCUCAAACACACCAGGCUUUGAUGGUUACAUUGAUUUGGGCCGAGAGCUUUCAGUUUUGCAUUCCUUACUGUGGGAAGUAGUUUCCCAACUUGAUAAGGGUGAAAAUUCCUUCCUACAGGCGACCGUGGCAAAAUUGGGACCUCUCCCUCGUGUUCUUGCUGAUAUUACCAAAUCUCUGACUAAUCCUACACCAAUACAACAGCAACUGAGACGCUUCACUGAGCAUAACUCCAGUCCAAAUGUCAGUGGAAGCCUCUCCUCUGGGCUGCAGAAAAUAUUUGAAGACCCUACUGACAGUGAUUUGCACAAACUAAAAUCCCCAAGCCAGGACAACACAGACAGUUACUUCAGAGGAAAGACGUUAUUGCUGGUCCAGCAAGCCUCCUCCCAGAGCAUGACUUACUCGGAAAAGGAUGAAAAGGAAAGUAGCCUCCCCAAUGGCCGCAGCAUCUCCCUCAUGGACCUUCAGGAGACGCACGCCGCCCAAGCGGAGCACGCGUCUGUGAUGCUCGACAUGCCCAUGCGCUUGACCGGAAGCCAGCUCUCCAUAACUCAGGUGGCCAGCAUCAAGCAACUGCGGGAGACUCAGAGCACCCCGCAGAGUGCACCCCAAGUGCGAAGGCCCCUGCACCCAGCCUUGAACCAGCCAGGCAGCCUCCAGCCCCUGUCCUUCCAGAACCCUGUCUAUCACCUCAGUAACCCCAUUCCUGCAAUGCCAAAGGCCUCUGUGGACUCCAGUUUGGAGAACCUAAGCACUGCCAGUUCCAGGAGCCAAAGUAACAGUGAAGACUUCAAACUCAGCGGACCCAGCAACAGCAGCAUGGAGGACUUCACCAAACGGAGCACGCAGAGUGAGGACUUCUCCAGGCGCCACACCAUGCCCGACAGACACAUACCUCUCGCCCUGCCACGGCAGAACAGCACGGGGCAGACCCAGCUCCGGAAGAUGGACCCGGCGGGGCUGGGCGCCCGAGCCAAAGCCCCGCCGUCCCUGCCGCACAGCGCCUCCCUGCGGAGCACCGGGAGCAUGUCGGUGGCAUCGGCGGCUCUGGUGGCCGAGCCCCUGCAGAACGGGAGCCGGUCCCGACAGCAGUCCUCUUCCUCCAGAGAGAGCCCGGUGCCCAAAGUGAGAGCCAUCCAGAGGCAGCAGACCCAGCAGGUUCAGUCACCUGUGGACUCUGCCACAAUGUCCCCAGUCGAGAGGACAGCUGCCUGGGUUCUAAACAAUGGGCAGUAUGAAGAGGACGUGGAAGAAACUGAGCAAAAUCAGGAUGAAGCCAAGCAUGCUGAGAAGUACGAACAGGAAAUCACCAAACUGAAGGAGCGCCUGCGAGUGUCCAGCCGGCGACUCGAGGAGUAUGAGCGCCGAUUGCUAGUGCAGGAGCAGCAGAUGCAGAAACUGCUGCUGGAGUACAAGGCCCGGCUGGAGGACAGCGAGGAGCGGCUGCGCAGGCAGCAGGAGGAGAAGGACAGCCAGAUGAAGAGCAUCAUCAGCAGGCUAAUGGCUGUGGAAGAGGAACUGAAGAAGGAUCAUGCUGAGAUGCAGGCAGUUAUUGAUGCAAAGCAAAAAAUAAUCGACGCACAGGAAAAACGGAUCGUGUCGCUGGAUUCGGCCAACACCAGACUGAUGAGCGCGCUGACCCAGGUGAAGGAACGGUACAGCAUGCAGGUCCGAAAUGGCAUCUCCCCCACCAACCCCACCAAGCUUUCCAUCACGGAGAAUGGUGAAUUCAAAAACAGCAGCUGCUGA